AAAUGUCAAGCAAACUCUUAUUUUUGGCAGUUCUCCUGACGGUCGUGACAGUUGCUUAUAGUUUACAAUGUUAUUAUGGACAAAUUGUAAAUGGACAAACAACAGUCCCAUUUGUUAGUGAGCCGUGCCCAUUUUCUAAAUACUGCAUGAAAAUUUUCCAAACGGGAUCUUACAAUAAUAUUUAUGCUACUUAUGGUUGUGGAACUAACCAAUGUUCGAGCAGUGGAUGUUCAACAAACAAAAACGGUUACGGUACUUGCUGUUGCACAAGAGACCUCUGUAAUUCUGGAUUCGAUUUCUCAAAAACUACACUCUCUUCAAUAGUUCAAAUAUUGUAAAAACGAGUUGUCCGUCUGAUUUUUUCUGUUUCAAAUAGCUGCAUAUAUGAAAUUGGGAAACGGUGUAGAAAUGAAACCAACGUAUGUAUUUUUGAAAUAAAAUGUUUCAUAAUCUUU